AUGCCUCCCAAGGGCAAGGCGAAGAACGCACCGAACCAGCACGACAAGCGCCACGAGAACGGCCUCGCUCCGCCGGGAAAGCGAGUGGUCCGCCAGCGAAGCAACGGACACCUCAACGGGCAGCUCAAUGGCAAAGCCGUCACGCCGCCCGCCCUCCCCUCGACAGGCCUAAAUCAGGGCUUCAAGUUCCCACGACCCGCAGACCCCUCCACCGACACCAGGACUGCCUCCGCCGCCGCCGCCAAGGACCAUGCGGCUACCCCGGAGGACACGCAAAGAGAUAGGACUUCGUCAGACGUAUCUGUUGACGACACUGGCGCAUGCGGAGACAUGGCAGAUCUCGCACACGAACCCCCCUCCAUCCCGCUGACCAGCGUGGAGGCGCCGUCGGCAGCAUGCAAGCCCGCUGCUGCCCAUACUGGCACCCUCUCCGCUGUUUCGACCAUCCUCACGUACUACCCGCUGCGAGAUGCCAUUGCCAUCCUCAUCCUGCUCCUCUCUCUACCGCCAACCCUGGUUCUGGUGAUCCAGACGCUCUUCGCUUCGCUCACCUUCGUCCCUCCCACCGCCGGCCUCUCCCUCUCGACUCUGCCCAAUAUCAAAGAAAUGUUCAACUCCUCCAAUUUCGGCUACCCCGCUUUGGCUACGAUUCUGUUCGUUGAUUUGGUAUUCUGGGUCUGUUGGCUGCCCGUCUGGAAACCUAUGCAGGCCAUCCUGCUGGACCUCUCCCAGGCAGUCAUUGCAGUCUCGUUAAGUGGAGCGGCGGCGAGUACGGGAGGGCCGACGUACAGCAUAGCGACGUGCACCCUCAUCGUCUGCGUGGUCCACGUGCUGCGGUACAAAGCGAUACAUCUUACCGCCUUGGACUACCUCCGCUCCGUAUUACAUAAAAUGGACAUCGGAAUGCCGUUUGAUGAACAUUUUGCAGCAACAUCUUUUUAUUCUUCGACACCACUCGAACGGGGGAUGGCUUUCACGGCCAUUCGCACCAUUCUUGGAAUACACAUAGUUUCGCAGGGCAUCACGACCUGCAUUCGCCGCACUCUCGCAAACGCAAAAGCAAACGAAAAAGACCAAAAUGUACCGGCCAUUACGAAAACCGAUACCGAAGCGACCGCUGGGUCAGAGCUAUCGGCACGCUCAAGUACUGGGCAUGCUGAGGGUUCUCCACCUGUUCAUGGAGCUUCGAGUACUGAUGGCCGCCCUCCUGGACAGCCGCCCUCACAUCGCGACAACAAAUUGCGCGAGUCGAGCGGCAAGAAGAAGCGGAAGCAGGCUAAUCAAGUUCGAAGUCAGCAACCGCUUUGGGCUGCUAUUGCUAGUACAAAAGUCACAUUCGUUAAGGAAAUGGAGCAGCGAGAUGCGGCGGAUGAUGCUCGUGAAGCCGCUGCCAUGAAUAAAAACAACACAACAAGCACUUUUGCGAGCACUACUAACCCCACCACGGACCGUAUCUGGAUUUGCGAAGUUCGAGACACCGAGAUUUACUUUUCUGUGGAACUCUCAGCUGAGAGCACUGCUGAAAGUGCCGAUCGCAAGGAAGACACGCCUGCUGUGACUGCAGGUAUUGACAAGUCGAAGCCAUUCUACGUUCGCGUCAAUGGGGCUGGAUGGAGCUCCACGCGGAUUAUGGCCAGUGAGGAGCAAGAAAAGGGUGCUGGAGAACGAUUUGUUGGCGAGAUUUUUGGUCUUGCGCCAUUGAGCAGCUACCACUGCGAAAUCGUCAGCAUCGCAAAGCAGCGGGUUCUUUGCUCGGCAAGUCUGAUAACACAGCCUGCGCCGACUGCAGAACAAGCUGCUUCUGCGCCGAUUCCACCACAGCACCAAGCGCUCCGACCGUCUUCGCCAAUCACCACUUUGAAGCAGUCCAUCCAGCAAGCCGAAGCCAAGCUCAACGAGGUUCGAAAUCGCACGAAGAAGACCAAGAAGGACCAGCGGGCUGCUUAUGCCGACAUCAAGAAGGAGAUCAACGUUCUCAAGAGCAAGCUCGAGUCUUCUGGCGGCGUUGACGACAAGCAAGAGCGCCGACUAUUGCAAAUCACUCAGCACAAGAACCAAGCUGAGGAAGCCACGACUGACUUGAAGAGCCAAAUUGAUGCUUUGGGCGAGAUUCCUGCAAAUGAGUUGGCUGAAUCGCAGGUCAAGCGACGUGCCUGGCAAUCAGCAUUUGACGCCAAGACUGCGGCUGACCGCGAUCUUUCCAGCACACUCGCUGAGCACGAACGCGAACAUGCCCGGCUGCGGGCUGAGAUCGCCGCUUCGAUAUCAAAGAAAGAGAAGCUGGUCGCUCGCAACACUCAGCGUGCCCAAGAACUGGAAUCACUUACCACAAAGCAACAAGCUGAGAUGACAGCCAAGCAGAGGCGUGAUCUGGAACGUACGCAAAUGCUCCAGGAUCGUGAGCACCGAACAAACGAGCUACGCUUUCACAUUGCGCAAAUGGAUACUGAGGCACAGACCUACGCUCAGAAGGCACAAGAAGCCUGGCAACAGGCAUCAGCGUUGUCGAAUUGGUCUACUCAACCUCCGCCAGGAUAUCCAGGCUUCUCUUCUCCUCCCACGCCAGAAGGUAUGCUCCCAGGCUCCAACGGCGGCCAAGUCAGUCCUCAGGCCAACGGCUUCCCUCCUGGCGCUUUCGGCCCUCAGGCAUUCGGCUCACCAUUCAAUACCACUCAGUCUUCGGUCACCAACAUGCACGCCACAGCUCCUGGAGUUCCGCGUGGGCGAAGCUCGUCUAUGCUUAGCCAGUACAGCGGCUUCACCGACAAUGGGGAAGAAUUCACCUUCGUCCCGGGCGAGCACCGUCAGCAACACACCUGGCCAGUACAAGGUAGCACAAGCGCUGGUGCAUUGCUUGAAGAUCGCAAGCCGAGUGAUGGCGACACCGCUUCAGGAUCUGGUACUGGAUCCGGAGGCGGAAGUCUGGUGAAUGGUAGCACGAAUGGAUCAAAUAGCCCUCGACCUGAAGCGAAGCCGUUCAUUCCUGGCGCUGUCAACAAGUCACCCGGUCCGAUUGGACCGCCGAGCAAGAAGGCGCCGCAGAGCCCGACUUCGACAAGUGCUGGUGCGGUUGGUGGUGGUAGAUAG